UGAUGACCGGUUCGCGGCUUGGCAGAGGCCGUGGUGGCCGCCUGGCUUUGUACGGGGGCUGCGCAGUGGUGGUUGUCCUGACAAUGAUCGUGUAUCGCAACACCAUCUCGGAGAUGACCAGGCUUCAAGAAAUGCAAGUGCAAUGCCUGCAUCAGCAAGAAUCUCUCGCUGCUCAACUACAAGUAAUAUUUGAGUACAAAGUACGGCUGGAGAAGUCCUUGGCCGAGGAGAAGAGCUCGAACGCCGCGGUGAAGCAGGAGUUGCAGCAACGCGCGUCGCGGGAGAAGUCUCUGCGCGACAAGGACAGUAUAGAGGCGAUGCAGAGGUUUAAUUCGCUUCAGCAGACCUACAGGCUCCUGCAGACGGAGCAUCGGGACUUGCAGGAGGAGUGCAAGAAGCGCGAGAAGCAGGCGUUGGACGAGACCAAUAGGCUAGAAUCGACGCUGCAGGACUUACGCGCUCGCAUCCGGCAGGCUCAGGAGGACAAAUUUAAGGCUCUGGAGCACUUGAAAACCAAGUACCUGGAAACAGAUGACGAGAAGACCAGGCUGCAAGAAAAGUACAACGAGCUGAUGCAAAAUAGGGACAAUACCGGUAGUACCGUCGACCAUCUUAGGAAGGAGAUCUUCCAGCUCAGACGCGAAUUGGAGAGCGCCAAGAAAUUCUAUGCUAGAAGUACAUCUCCUAGUUCAGUUUUGGUGACUCCACGAGCGUCGGUGUCGCAAUCGGCGUUACAGAAAGAAGAUUCGCAACCGAUUCCGGCGCCACAGCAGCAACAGCAACAGGUAAGUGCGCCGCAGCCACCAUACGUGUCUCAUGAUCGUCGCGCAGUCGGAGGAGCGACUCCUUCGGUGGAAAAGACGUUAAACGACGAUGCCAACGAGCCGGCCAACGAUAUUAGGUUCGUUCAGCAGAAUGGCAACAUCGUUCCAGCUGGCCCGGGCGAAGUGAAAGAGAUCGGCGAGCAGCGCGAACCCUCGGCUAACGACUUACAGCAAAAGCAACAGAAAGACGUUGUCGAGCGUCCAAACGUUAUGGACGAUGAGAAGAAUGGCCUUGAAGAAGAGCAAAGAAAACAGAGCGUGGCGAGUUCACGAAAAGCGGAGAAUACCACUGUAGCGAGCAACGCCAAUCUGGUAUCGCCGUCUGUCGUCGACAAGCCCGCGCCGCUACCAGCCAGACCGCUGUCGAAAGUCAAGGUGCCGGUCGGCGUAUUGCCAAUACCGGAAAUGAUCGAGCAGAACGACGACGCGGAUAAGGAGAAGCGCGAGGAAGAGAUCCGAAAGCGGGAGGACGCGGCGGCGGUUCACAAUUUGCAGCCACCGCCGCCGAAACUCGCCCCGGCGAACGCGGCGGAUGACAAAGAGGAGAAGGAACCGAUAGUCGAACCUGGCAAUCUGGACCCACCGUUUGUUGCAAAUCCUCCCGCGCGACACGUUGGCGAGCAGGUCGAGAGGAGAGCGAAAGACGCUUGGUUGAGGGUGGGACCUGGGGUACAGGAGGUCGGCGAAGAACUCAAUCGAGUUCCUGGAUUGGAUGACGGGCAAGCUAAUGGUGGUGACGAUCAGUACGACGGCGAUUACGACAAGGAGCAGCAAAAGAACGAUAUUCAUCUGGCGGAGGGCGAGGACGAGGGGGAAGACGAAGGCGACGAUGUUUGAAUAUCCGCAUAAGUUGAAGCGAGGAAAGAGCGGGAAUAAAAUCAGCGUCGUCGUUCAAAUGUUUUUUAACGGGACGCGCUGACUGAGCGGUACAAGAAGGAAGUCGGCUGAAAAAUAGUCAAACGACCUGACCCGAUCUGACCUGACCUGACCGAUAUUCACGAUCGUUCGGGUUUAAUCAGCGAAGAAUACUUAUUGUGUAUUAUAAUCUGUACGAAUCAUUCGAUGUGUGACGUCUCACGAGGAACUAGCAGGGAUUCGAUUCAUCUUUACCUUUCGUACGAAAACUCUUGUACAAGAUUUUAAUCUAAGUAUCGAUAUAUGAUUGUAUAUACACGGUACAAAUAUCGUCAAGCGCAUCUAAGCGUUCGACGAAGACUUAGGCGCGGUUCUGGGUAAUUUCAGAAGGUUCAGAAUAAACUAGUGUGACGCAUUUCGAAGAAGAAGAAAAAAGAUAGACUGUAUUUUUCUAGAUUAAGAUCUACCGUGCACGAGUCGAGUGACUUAAUCGCGUUUAUUAUUUGAGACACUCGCGUGACUUUGUUACAAAUGUGUUAAUUUAGAUUUGGAUUGCACCAGCAGAAUUAACUUUAUAACGUAGUAACGCGUACGAGGUAAAAAUACCUCGGAAACCAUUUAGUAUUCACACAUUAAGAUUAAUUUGCGUUACAAUAAUAAAAAUAUGUUAUCGUGAAUUAUGAAGGGGUGCUAAUCUCGAAUUACUUCUUUUAAUAUCGAUUAAAUAAUAAUUUAUGAGUUACGUAUGAAAACUUAAAUGUGAUUUACGUGUGAUAACAUCAGCGUUUAUGUUAUUUGUAUAAAUGUAAAAUGUAUAAAUGCAAAAAGAGAGUAAUUUAAGUAAUUACAUAAAAUUAUCUGGCCAUGUUAAAGAAAUUUUACUUAUAAAUGACUUAGUACAUCACGACACAUCGUAACAGAGUUUUUAUAUAGUAUAAAGUUACUCCUACUGUUGCAAUCUAAACCUUUUGUAGUACCAUUAUCACGGCGACAAUGGCACAUCAACAACCGAUUUUAUCAGCUUCGUUAAAACAAUUUACAUUAGUUGAAUUAUUUUAAUCUUGUAUAUCCAUUUAUCGAUGUCUGCUGUCGCUAUCGAUCGCAAAUUAUGCCCAUCUGUUUUAAGUGAAAUUAAAAAUAGACAUAUUGUCGAAUUGGUAUAUAAACAUAUCAUUAUAUAUACGGUAGAUGUUUAUAUACCGACAAAUCGAUGUAUUGUCAAGUUAACAUUUGCUGCAAUCGUCGUAAUAACAGCGAUCGAUAGAAGAAUAUUUACAUUUUAUUUAUUUUGUUCUUGCCGAAAAUCUGAAGAGUUUUGACUUAACUGAUCAAAUUAAGCGUUGAAAACUUAACCGCGAAAGAAUUAUUAUAUUAGUUAAAGAGGCCAUGAUGAGCGUAGUAUGUUUUGUUAUAGUUCUAUAUUUUUAGUUAUACAUUAUAUAUAUACAUAUAUACAUACACAUAUACAGAGAGACGAUAAAUGUACAUAACGUUCUUUUCGUAAUAAAAACGUCUGAAAAACAGA